UCUGCGCGUGCGCAAAAGGCGGCGCAGGCGCAGAGCCGCCCGGCUGCUCCCCACCCCCCAGCCCCCCUCCUACCCCAAGAUGGCGGCGCCCAGGGUGGGAGGCAGCAGCUGAGGCGUGCGAGGUGCGGCGCGCAGAAUGGACACCAUAGUAUUAAGAAUGCAGUCAGUUUGUCAGGGAGUUGGUGGCAGUUCCAUGUGUUUGAACAGACACCUGAAUGGCUUCUUGGCACUCAUUAAAUGGCAGAGGAGUCCAGUUCCUGCUUGUAUCAGAACUAUUUACAGCGAGACGGGGAGAUGGGAGAAAAACUAUGGGCUGGAGACAAGGAGAAGAGUGGAAAAUUGGUGGUUCCCAAGAAUAAAGGAGCAGUUCUGCAGAAUUUCGGAAACAGAUAGAUCAAGACCAAAAUUUUAUGUGCUUUCUAUGUUCCCAUAUCCUUCUGGAAAACUUCACAUGGGUCAUGUUCGUGUCUACACCAUCAGUGAUACUGUUGCUCGGUUCCAGAAAAUGAGAGGAAUGCAGGUGCUAAAUCCAAUGGGAUGGGAUGCGUUUGGUUUACCAGCAGAAAAUGCAGCAAUUGAGCAUGGUCUUCACCCUGCAAGCUGGACACAAAGAAAUAUUCAACACAUGAGGGAUCAGUUUGAUGCACUAGGUCUUUCUUUCACUUGGGAAAGGGAAGUAACCACUUGUUUACCGGAGUACUACAAAUGGACGCAAUACCUUUUUCUUAAGCUUUUUGAAUCUGGGAUAGUGUAUCAAAAAGAGGCCUUGGUCAAUUGGGAUCCAGUAGAUCAAACUGUUCUAGCUAAUGAACAGGUGGAUGACAAUGGUUGUUCAUGGCGUUCAGGAGCAAAAGUGGAACAGAAGUACCUCAAACAAUGGUUUAUCAAAACUACCGCGUAUGCAAAGGAUAUGUUUGAUGCUUUGUCUGACCUCCCUGAGUGGUAUGGUAUAAAAGAAAUGCAAGCAAAUUGGAUAGGUGACUGUGCUGGAUGUUCUUUUGACUUCUUGCUGAAGGUUAAUGGUGAAGUAACAGGAGAGAAGCUAGCAGCUUACACGUACACUCCUGAAGCCAUUUAUGGAGCUUCCCAUUUAUAUAUCUUACCAAGUCAUAGACUGCUGCAUGGAAAUAGCACUCUGAAGGAAGUCUUUCAGAGGGAGUUCAUCCCAGGGAAAGACUCUCUUACUUCUGUGACAGCUGUGAACUUGCUUACGAAUCAAGAGAUUCCUGUGGUAAUCUCAGCAAAAACAAGUUUUGAGAAUUAUCUCGAUACUAAAAUAGGAAUUCCUAGUACUAGUGUAGAAGAUGCUGCAGUAGCUAAGAAUCUGAGCAUUUAUUUCACUGAAGUCAUUGAAAAACUGCCAAAUGGUUUGGAGAAAGUCAUUAAUUCCGGGGAGUUCACAGGCAUGACUCGACAAGACGCUUUAAAAGCUCUUACGCAGCAGGCGAAAAAUAAAGGAAUAGGAGGAGACCUAGUGAGUGACAAAUUAAGAGACUGGUUAAUAUCUCGACAGCGGUACUGGGGAACGCCUAUUCCUGUCAUCCACUGCCAAACUUGUGGCACUGUCCCGGUACCUUAUGAAGACUUACCUGUGGUGUUGCCCAAUGUAACCACUUUUACAGGGAAGGGAGCCUCACCUUUAGAAACAGUUCCAGAAUGGGUGAACUGUGCCUGUCCAAGGUGUAAGGCAAAAGCUAGGCGAGAAAUUGAUACCAUGGACACAUUUGUGGAUUCUGCUUGGUAUUACCUGAGAUACACAGACCCUCACAACACUGACAGGCCCUUUAAUCGUGACUUGGCUGACUACUGGAUGCCUGUGGAUUUGUACAUUGGAGGCAAGGAGCAUGCAGUUAUGCACUUAUUCUAUGCUAGGUUUUUCAGCCAUUUUUGCCAUGAUCUAAAGAUGACCAAACACAAGGAGCCUUUCCAUAAGCUUUUGGUUCAAGGUCUUAUCAAGAAUCAGACAUUCAGACUAAGAACAACAGGCCAAUAUUUGAAGAGAGAGGAGAUUGAUCUCACUGGCACUGAACCAGUUCACCUAAAAACUGGUGAGAAAGUCCAAGUCACUUGGGAAAAAAUGAGCAAAUCUAAGCACAAUGGAAUAGACCCUGAAGAAUUAAUGAAAGAGUACGGCAUUGACACCAUACGUCUUUACAUUCUGUUUGCUGCUCCUCCAGAACAAGAUAUUUUAUGGGAUUCUAAAACUGAUGCAAUGCCGGGUGUUCAGAGAUGGCAGACUCGCCUCUGGACACUCGUAACCAAACUUGUCGAAGCAAGGACUUCGGGAACCAUGCCCAAUCCUGAGGUUCUGAGUAAGAAAGAGAAGGCUGAAGCCAGAAGGAUCUGGGAGCAAAAGAAUCUUGUAAUUUCUGAGGUAACAGAGUACUUCACCAAGGAUCAUUUGUUCAAUGCAGCUAUUUCUCGACUGAUGAGCCUUUCUAAUGUACUCCAUCAAGCUUCUUGGCCUCUUGUUCUUCACAGUGCAGAAUAUGAAGAUGCUUUGGCUACACUCUGCAUUAUGGUUGCACCUAUGGCUCCACACAUUGCAUCAGAGAUGUGGAAAGGUCUGGCACAUAUAGAGAAUAAACUUUGUACUCAUCAUAACUGGGGUGCCGAUGUGCUGCAUCAGUCCUGGCCCAAAGUAGACCCGGAAUACCUUCAACCAGCAGAUGUAGUGGAGAUGUCUGUCCUGAUCAAUAACAAAGCCUGCGGCAAAGUUUUUGUGCCUCAGCAAGCAGCCCGCAAUUUUGAAGAAGUCCACGAGCUAGUUCUUCAAAGUGAACUUGGAGCCAAGCAUCUCCAGGGAAGAACCAUUAAAAAGGCCUUUCUGUCUCCAAGAACUGCCCUUAUCAACUUCUUAGUGCAAGACUAAGACUUUGCUGGGCUGUGAAAGAGAACUGGAAUCUUUCCGGAUGAAAACAGUUCAGAAUACCAAUGAUGGCUAUUUAAAUCUCAUAGAACAGUGGGGGAGAAAUGUUAACAAAAUUAGGUUGCUGCUGAGUAUUCAUUCCAACACAGAGAAAUGUACAGAAUUAAAGCUUCUUAUCAAGUCAUGGUAA